AUGUCUACAUCGAAUGAGUUGCGCUUUGCGCCAUUUCGGCCAUUAAGUGAGUUCAUUACGAAUGCAACAUGGAAUGUGCCGAAUUUUUCGGAUUUGCCAAAAUUGAAUAACCGAAUUAUCAGCAAUUUGAUUUAUUAUCAGACAAACUAUUUCGUUUUCGGUAUUGCGUUGUUUCUUUUGGUCGGUAUCAAUUACCCCGUGGAUUUUCUCUUCGGCUUAGUCGUGGUUUCUGCCUUAUUGAUGGGCUUUGUCUACAUAUCAUCAUCAGCUCGAGCGAAUAAUAACAAUGUUUUAGCAACUGUGGAACAUUUCUUACGUUCCGCAAAAGAAGACCGACCGAUCAUAGUCUUCGUUGCUGUACUUGGUGCAUCUUAUUUUAUCUUGAGUUUUCUUGGCAAAUUAUUCAUUUUCUUCCUUGGAAUUGUCUUACCCGUUCAAGCAAUUCUUCUUCAUGCAACAUUAUGUCGACGAAAUAUGAGCAAUAAAGUCACCAACAAAAUCAGCCAACUUAGUCUUCACGGAACACCAAUGGGUGUCUUUCUUGCCGCUCUCGGCUUACAAGUCGUUAUGUCGAAUAGCGAACAUCAGUUUCGUAUCCCACCGAUUCGUUCGAUACGAGAAUUCAUUGGAGGAAAUGAAUGGGCGAAACCAAGUUUCAACCCGAAUGAAUUGCGAGAAUUGGAAAAACAAGUCAUUGCAAAUAUGAUUUACUAUCAAUCAAACUACGGAGCUAUUGCAAUACCUUUCAUCCUACUAGUCGCCUUUUUCUACCCAGCAGCGAUUGUUUUUGGUUUUUUCAUACUUGCUGCUCUUCUCGCUGGAUUUGUUUAUACACAAAAGCAACGAACUGCAUUGACAGUGCUCUUCCAUGAUCGACCAAUUCUAGUCCUGAUAAUACUUCUGUUCGCAGCAUUUCUAGUCAUUCGAAUGUUUGGAACAGUCUUUAUCUUCCUACUUGGCAUUGCUCUUCCAUUAUCAUUGAUUGUCGGUCACGCAACUGCUCGUACACAAACUUUACAAAACAAGGCAGAGAAUGCUGUAGAAAGUCUUUCCUUACAAGCAACUCCAAUGGGUCUUUUGCUGAGUUGGCUAGGUGCUAAACCAACUGAAGAAUCAACAACGAAACGACGAUAA